AUCUCUCUUAAGAGUCAACAAAAGAUUUAAUUAGAUAGUCUUCAUCAAUCUUUCUCAAAACUUCUUCUAUUGUUGUUCUACCUUCACCAUUCCUUAAUCUCCACUUCAUCUCCCCCAAGACCCGAAUCCGAAAACACCUCUUCACCAACUCAAAAACCCUAUUAACUCAACCCCAACAAAUUCACAUGUUUCGAAUCAAACAACCACCAGCUCAGGCCACAAGACUCCUCCCGGCAAAACAAGAACGAUGAAACAGAGAAGAACAGAGAAAAGUCUCUGUUUCAAACAAUACUACAAAUGGAUCCUCUGUUUUGUCCUUACUCUCUAUUUUCUUGCUUCCUUUCUCGUCGACCAUGAUCAAGAUCAAGAUCAAGAAGAUAAGUCUUCUUCUUCCCGACCAAACCCUCUUCUUACUAACCCUAAACCCAAGCUUUUCGCUUCUCGUGCCAUGUUUGAAUCCAAUAUCCAUGACCACAAACUUGGGUUUGCCCCUCAACGUCCCAACAUAAGAACAGAUGUAUUCAACAAUUUGAAAAUCUACGUCUAUGACUUACCUUCAAAGUUCAACAAAGACUGGUUAGCCAACGAGAGGUGCAGCAACCACCUCUUCGCCGCGGAGGUGGCUCUCCACAAAGCAUUCCUCAGCCUAAACGAAGAUACACGUACCGAAGAUCCUUACGAAGCCGAUUUCUUCUUCGUCCCGGUCUAUGUCUCUUGCAACUUCAGCACCAUCAACGGCUUUCCAGCUAUUGGCCACGCAAGAUCGCUUAUCGACGAGGCGAUUAAGCUCAUAUCGACUCGAUACCCGUUUUGGAAUCGAAACAAUGGCUCUGACCACGUUUUCACUGCUACACACGACUUUGGCUCUUGCUUCCACACCAUGGAGGAUAGAGCAAUAGCUGAUGGAGUACCAAAGAUUUUGAGAAACUCUAUAGUUUUGCAAACUUUUGGUGUUACAUAUAACCAUCCAUGCCAAGAAGUAGAGAACGUGGUGAUACCACCGUACAUCUCACCGGAGAGUUUACAAAAGACUCAAGAGAAUAUUCCGGUGACUAAAGAACGAGACAUUUGGGUUUUCUUCCGGGGAAAGAUGGAGCUUCAUCCCAAAAACAUUAGUGGUCGCUUCUAUAGCAAGCGAGUAAGGACUAAGAUAUGGCGGAGCUACGGCGGUGACCGGAGGUUUUAUCUCCAACGGCAAAGAUUCGCCGGUUACCAAUCGGAAAUAGCUCGUUCUGUUUUCUGUUUGUGUCCUCUAGGGUGGGCACCGUGGAGUCCAAGACUUGUUGAGUCGGUGGCUCUUGGAUGUGUUCCGGUGAUAAUUGCCGACGGGAUACGUUUGCCGUUCCCUUCCGCCGUGCGUUGGCCGGAUAUAUCGCUCACGAUGGCGGAGAGAGACGUCGGAAAGCUAGGGGAGAUUUUGGAACACGUGGCGGCUACUAAUUUGUCGGUCAUACAGAGAAACUUGGAGAUUGCGUCUGUUAGGCGUGCACUUGUGUUUAAUGUUCCUUCAAGAGAGGGAGAUGCCACGUGGCAAGUUUUGGAGGCUUUGUCAAAGAAAUUGAAUAGGUCUGUUAGAAGGUCAAACUCUUACUUGUAAACCACUAUAAUUUUGACAUGUGUAUAUCAUCUUUUUUUCUCUUUUUUUUUUUGUGUUAAUAGUGAGAGUUUUGUAUAUUACUACUACUUUGAGAAUUAUAAGUGGAAUGACUAUUCAUAGUAAAUAACCAAAUUGAUUGAUUUUUCUUA